AUGACGGGAACCAACUCAGUAGCCACACAAGUUGCAGCGGUGACGGCCGGCGCUGCAUUGGCCUACUAUGUGGGAUCACGCAGCAAAACUAUGAAGCGUGUGACAGCUCAACGUCGUGAUGUGGCACUAGCUGAAGCCAAGGCAGCGGCAUUAUCUACGAAUUUGGAGCGUCGAAAGCUCACGUCUGUAGUGGUACGCGUUCCGGCUACAACGGCCAACAUGGGUCCGGGAUUUGAUACAAUAGGUAUGGCGUUGGAUAUCUGGACUGAAAUCUCAGUAGAAAUUGUGGCUCUAAAGGAGGGUGAUACGUCUAAUGUGCGCCGCAUUACGCUUACGAACGAGGGUGAGGGCGCUAAGGAGCUACCAACAGAUGAAAGCAACCUAGUAAUUGUAGGCCUUAAGGCCGCCUACAAGGCUUCAGGUGAAGAGAUGCCACGCCAUCUUAAAAUUCACUGCAAAAAUCGCAUUCCCUUUGCACGCGGACUAGGAAGUAGCUCGGCUGGCAUCGUAGGUGGUCUUAUUGCAGGCCUUGCACUUGCAGGGAUGCGUCUGCCUGUGCACGGUCAAGAAGAACUUUUACAGCUGGCCUCGUCAAUUGAAGGACAUCCUGACAAUGUGGCGCCCGCCAUCUACGGAGGCUUGCAGCUUGGUAUAUUUGCUGAUGACCGCUGGUACUCUUCGCGUGUACAAAUUCCAGAUGGUCUACAAUGCGUCGUGUUUAUUCCCGACUCGACGGGUCCGACAAGCGUGGCACGUGCGAUCCUGCCUUCGACAGUGCCCCGCAAAGAUGCUGUGUUUAACAUCGGUCGCGCUGCUAUCUUUGUAAACGCUUUUCGAUCAGGCAACCUAAACGAGUUGCGAUACGCCACACAGGAUAUGCUGCACCAGCCGCAACGUGGUGCCGCACAAUAUCCCCACCUCGAACCGCUUAUAAAAGCGGCUUUAGGAGCUGGUGCACAUGGCUGCUUUCUAAGUGGUGCUGGACCUACAGUACUCGCCAUUACUAGUGGCCGUGCUGGUGAUAUCUUCACCCAGCAAUUAGCUGAACGUCAGGAAAAUAAAGUGGCCAAUGCUAUGCGUGAAGCUGCUGCUGCCAUGAACGUUCCAGGAUGCGUGUUCAUUACAAAUCCUGAUCAUCGUGGCGCUUUCAUUGUGCGAGCAAAACCUCAGUUUUCGGAUCGCUCAGCCGCACGUUACGAGGGCGAUGUCGCUGAUCUUUAA